ACGCGUAUAGCACGUCUAUAGGAUCCUACCAUCUAUGUAUUUUGCCUGUCUUUCUUUUCUAAUCUAUGUUAUCUGUCAAAGACAUUGUUACAUUUUGAGGUUAUAUUUACUUCAUUUAGGGAUUUUUUUUCAAUUAUUUGUUUUGUUUAACAGAUAUUUUGUGCAUAAUGUCGCCUUCAGAUGCUGUAGUGCAGGACCUUGACGAGAAACACGUCGAUUUGGUGGCGAAAUUUGUGUCAGAUGUCCGAAACGGGAAGAUAGAGGGAUCAAACAACAUAGCUCUGGCCACUGUCACUCUAUUGGAGCAGAUCAUCAAUGAAUCUGACAACACCACUGUCAUCGGGUUGUGCAGCGUGGUGCGCGCGGCGGGGCGGCUGGUGUGCGGCGCGCUACCGGGCGCGCCGUGCGCCGCCAACAUGGCGCGGCGCGUGCUGCGCGCGCUGCGCGACGAGGCGCGCGCCGACGGCGACGCCUCGCUCGCGCGCCUAGUGCGCCCCGCGCCGCGCCGGAGCACCACCGCCUUGAACGAGGACCUCAGGGAGCCGGUGCGGGAACAUGUGGCCGAGCUACGCACAGAACUGGAAGGCACGGCGGCCGCCAUCAGCUCGCAGGCGAAGGAGCACGUGCAAGCAGACGAGAUGAUCCUCACCUACGGGGCGAGCAGGCUGACCGAGAGGUUCCUGCGGUCCGCGCGCCGCUACAGGCUGCUGCUGGCUGAAGGGACCGACGUUGCCGAGUGUCACGGCAUGGCGGCGCGGCUGAGCGCGGCCGGCGUCCCCGUCACGGUGCUGGGCGCCGCCGCCGCCUGCGCGGUCAUGUCGCGCGUCAAUAAGGUGGUGGUGAGCGUGGAGGCGGCGCUGGCGGGCGGCGCGGCGCUGGGCGCGGCGGGGCUGCACGCCGUCACGGCCGCCGCCAAGCACUACGGGGUGCCGGUGGUGGCGCUGUGCGGGCUGCACGCGCUGAGCCCGCUGCACGCGCGGGACCCGGCGCACCUCAACUCGCUGCUGGCGCCGCACCCCGCGCUGCCCUACCAGAUGGCGGCAAGCGGCCUCGCGCACGUGUACGCGCCGCGCCACGAUCUCAUCCCAGCUGACAACGUCACCCUGUAUAUCACCAAUCUUGGUGGCAGCUCUCCCUCCUACAUAUACAGGCUGCUGUCAGAGCUCUACGAUCCGAACGACUACACCCUGUAGAUUGGAAUCACUGUCUGCGCUAAUAAUUGCUGCCAAUAUUCAAUUACACAAACGGGUCUACCGCGAUAUAAUAUCUCCGUUGACAUUUGUUGGGACGUCAGCCUUUCCGUGACCACAGCUGGUGCAACUCAGCUGAAACGUCGGAAUUAAACGUAAAAACAAUGAAAUUAUAUCGCGGUAGACCCGUUUGUGUAAUUGAAUAUGUGUACAAAACGCGAGAGUUUAAAGUGUUAAAUUGCUGCCAACCCUAAUAAUUGCUCGGAGCAAUGCUGAGCCGAGCGGAGCAGAGUUUGACCGAAGUCAGGAGUUUCGCACCCCUGGCUUGGUCUUGAACGUUUUGCAGUUUAGUGACAGGUUAACCUUAUGCUGGCGCCCUCUGUGAAAACCUUUGGCAGUUGCCAGCCCCAUUCAAAUUGUAAUAAUAAAUUAAAUGUUUCUUAUAUGAAA